AUGGAAAAGGCACUUGCACGCUACGGUGUCACUCAUCGUCUUUCCACCGCGUACCACCCGCAAACUAGUGGCCAAGUAGAGAAUGCUAACCGAGGGGUGAAGAGAAUCUUAGAGAAAACGGUAGGAAAAAGCAGAAAGGAUUGGUCGGAAAAGCUCGACGACGCUUUGUGGGCAUUCCGUACCGCCUAUAAGACACCGUUAGGAACAACACCCUUUAUGAUCGUGUAUGGCAAAGCUUGCCAUCUUCCGGUAGAGUUAGAGCAUAGGGCGUUGUGGGCAUUAAAAACCGUAAACCUUGACCUCACCGAAGCCGCAAGGAGGAGAUUCUUCCAGAUUCACGAGUUGGAAGCUCUAAGGGAUGCUGCCUAUGAACGAUCAUGGAGUAUCAAGGAGAAAACCAAGGCAUUGCAUGAUAGGCGGUUGCGAGGUUUGAAAGAGUUUAAGCUAGGUGAUAAAGUGCUUUUGUUCAAUUCACGUUUGAAAUUAAUAGCAGGGAAAUUGAAAUCGAGAUGGAAUGGCCCGUAUGUGGUGAAAGAAGUGUUUCCAUACGGCACGGUUGAACUAUACGAUGAGGUCGACAAAGGUGUGUGGAAGGUAAACGGUCAUAGACUGAAACAUUACUUGGGAGGUCCUAUUGAUACUGCUGAAGAGGAAGAAAUUCCUCUAGAGGACCCACCCACCUUCACCGAUCAGUGCAUUUCGGGGGCUAAAAGAUGGAUCAUAUGCAGCUUUGGAGACUUUGGUGAUGAACUGGUCGAGCGUGGAACAAGAGACGAAACAAAGAAGAACAUUCAGGUCACUACCGUAAAUUACGGCCCCACCGUAAUUUACGGUGGACCUGAGGAUCAAAUAUUGGCCACCGUAAAUCAGUUUCCUGUCACCAUAAACAUAUCAAGUCCACCGUAA